UGGCAGUAUUGAAAAUAAAUUGAUUUCUUUUGUUUGUAUUCAAACCCUUCAAAUUUGAAAUACUUCAUUUGGCCAAACAUUUCUGGUUGAAAAUGUUUGGAACAAAGCAUAACGAAUGUGUUGGGUUUGAAUCUAGAUGGAAAGUGAAGAAAGUAAUAUCCGAAAGCAGUUCGCAAACAACAGAGAAUGAAUUUUCAGAUAAAGGUACCAAUACUUUGAUAAAAACCAGUAUGGAGGUUCAAACUGAAGAAGAUGAUUCGACUGAAGUAACUUCAGAAACCGACAUGCAAAAAUUAGCUACUUGGCUGUCUGGGGUGUAUCCUAGAGUCAAAAAGGAAUUGGACGAAGCUAACAACUCCCAUGCUUUCAGAGGUUAUAGGUUACAAGGAGAAUCAAACAAAGCAGAUUGUAAACUUCUGCAAAUAAUCAAUGUUAGCGGUAAAACUGAGAGUGGGGAUAAGGCCAUGCCAAAAAGAGUUUCAACUAUCAGUUGGAAUCAAACUGGCAAAACUAUAGCAGUUGCUUGUAAUUUUCAGCACAGUACAUGGUGUUACCACACUGGCUUUGUAACGCUAUAUACAUUGACUAGAGAAGAAAAAAUUCCUGAUUGUCCCAGAAAAACCUUGAAUACUGAAAGUUGUGUAAUGAGCUUGAAAUUCCAUCCAAUGCAUCCUGCCAUUCUUGCAGCAUCUACAUUUUCAGGGGGUGUGGUUAUUUGGAAUGUUCAAAAUGAAGAUGGGGAAGAAAUCAUAAGUGUCUCAAAUGCACAUGAUGAAGUAAUCACACAAUUAUCAUGGGUGAAUGAUGUAGACUUUGCUAAAAAUUUGCUGAUAGCCACUUCGAGUACUGAUGGACUGUUGAAGUUAUGGAACUUUAAUAUAACCAGUCCAAAUUUACUGUUAAAAGUUAGGUACAGAGUAAAAACUCCGGUAUUGAAUUCGAUACAUAGAAAAAACGAAUCCCCAGAAAAUGUUUCAUCAAAAUCGUUGCGGGGUGUCACUUGUUUUGACUUUUCUAAACAUGUUCAGGAUAUGUUUAUUGUUGCACUGGAAGGUGGACACAUAGUUCAGUGUUCUGUACUGGGGACAACGGAGCUUAAAGGGAGCACGAAAGAGGAACCUCUAUUAGAUCCUGUUUUCAAAUAUUACCUACCACAUGAGGGCGAAGUGACUUCCGUUAGUUUUUCUCCCAAUCGUAGCGAAAUGUUUAUGAGUUGUGGAACAGAUGCUGAAAUCAGAGUUUACCUAAUUGGACAGGAAGAACCUGCUCAAGUAAUAUUCUUGCGACAUCUCAUGAAUGAUUUGACUUUUAUACCACAUGAAGAAAAAUUAGUAGCUGGUUGUGGAAUGAACAGUUUCUUCGAAAUAUUUCAUUUGCAAAGAGGAAGACCAAUUGAGAAUAUUACCAGUGAAAAGAUAAAAAAGACUACUUCAACAAGUAUUGCAAUGAACUGUAGGAGGAACAAUAUAGUUGCUGUGGGAAAUAUAAACGGGGAGUUACAGCUAUGGAAUGUUCCUUGGCGUCUAUUUGCUAUAAAUUAAAAUAAAAGACAGUGACAUUGAGACUGAGGAAAAAUAAUAGACUUUCCUUGAAAAA